AUGGCACCUAUUACCUGCAAAGUCGUUGAUGCUUAUGGCCAUGGUGUUCAGGGAGUUCGAGUUACACUGGACUGCCGCAACCGGUUUCGCAACCAUACUAUGAAGCUGGAAUCAUUCACCGAUGAGCAGGGUGGAAUUAGCUUCUGGUAUCCGUCUCCUGUAUCCCAUGACUUUUCCGCUCUUGAGCCGCAGAUUGUGGAUGCUGUUAUGAUCCCUUACGUGGCUUUGACUUUUCAUCCUCACUCUCAGCUCAUGCCCCCCCAAGGCCCAUGGCUGAGCAUCCGCGCCGAUCUCUACCUUCCAAGCAUGGCUAGCCAUGGGGUUGUGCUACAUCUUGAAGAAAGCCCGCGUCUGGAGUACACGCCCUACCCGGUUUCAGGCUCAAUGGGGCUAUUGAUGGCUUCUCCGCAAGCAUUGGACAUCCUCAGAACGCCAUCGCCACUUCAGCUUCCGCCACCGCUUUUAAAUUGCUCAAGCUACUCAUCUUCAUCGGAUGAUGAUCUAGAACCAACAACUGAUGAAGAAAACGAGAUUGUAACGGGGAACCGGAAGAGAAAGCUAGACCUAGAGGUGGGAGGGGCCCCGCCCACAAGACGGCAGCGGACAGAGUACAUGUAG